AUGGACUUCCUCGGCGUAAACGGGUUCUUGUUGACCCUCUGCACCAUCCUCAACCAGGAGAUCCAUGGUUUGUCGCUGUGGGCCCCUGAUUGUGGGUCAUGGGGCAUUCCCGCACGAUCCACAUCAGGGCGAAGUUACAUGAAUCCCUUAGGCCACCAUGCAUACAAGUUUGUCUCAAGGGCCAAUACCAUGGUCAGCAGGCUUGUUCUUUGCCUCAUGCUUUGUUUGAGCCGGAAUUUGAAGUUCCUGGUCGAACAACCUCAUCAAUCCCUACUUUAUAUGCACAAUCGGUGGCAAUACCUGGCAAACCGGGUUGCGUGGGUGUUCCAGACCUUCUUUUGGAUGCAGUUGCAUGGAGGCUCAUCACCGAAGAGGACGGUGUUUAUGGGGAAUGUCAGGAGCAUUGACCGUCUCAAUAAGGGCAAGCUCACAAAAUCAGUCCGGACAAAGAAAACAAAGAUUAAGACAACUCGUAAGUACAUUGACAAGAGCGGCCAGCGUAGAUUUGUUGGUGACAAGAAGCAGCUCAAGGCUACUCAGGCUUAUCCCAGCGGUCUGGGUGAGAGCAUCCACGAGAUGUAUCAAGAAGAGCUCACGCGUCAUCCCCGCGGCGACUUGCGAUUCCGGAUUGUGCCAGAUCCAGAGAAGACUGAUCUUGAGCUUUUCUUGAACAUGGAGCUCGCGGACACCUGGCCUGAUGCUGACCUGAAAGACACCUUCGAUUUCCUCAUGGGUUGCAAGCACACCAGGACAUGCAAUUUAGCUAACGCUGAAAGUGAGAAACCUCAGAAACCCGACUAUGUGACAGGUCCCCUGUUCAUGCAAAGGAAUUCAUCCCUCUCCCCUCCCUCCCUGGGUUCGUUUCUGGCUUUCGGUGCCACCUGCCCGAAGGAUUCCAAGUGA